UUUAAUUUUCAUUUUAAUGAAUAUUUUAGAAAAUAUAUUCAAAAAAUUUAUAAAGCCCAAUAAAAAAAUAAUAAGCACUGCAGUUAUAUUAGGAGGAUUUUAUUUAUUUUAGUAGCAUUUAAACUUAAAAAAAACAAAAUCUUAAAUCAUCCCUCAAAAAGAUUAAAAAAAAAAGAAUGAGGAAAACCAAAAUCCACCUAAUCAAAGCCAAACUUUAGAUUUAAUUUAUAAUGAAACUGUGAGAGCUAGGGAUGUACCUGAUGAGUACAAAUAAUUUGUUGGUGCUGAAUAAGAUAUAGAUUUUGUACUUUAAGAAUAUGGCAUGGGUAGAAAGGAAGUCAAAGAAUCAUUAUAAAAAUAUCUGAAAGGAAUGAGAAGAGCAAGAGGAGAUGGUAAUUGCUUUUAUACUUCAUUUUGUUUUUAAUAUUUAGGUUAUAUUUUAAAUAAAGCAUCAGUUCAAGAAUUUUAAGAUUUUAUUUCAAUGGUUGAUACUCUUCCAUUUUCAGUUAUUCAUAAUAAUAUAGAGUAUGAAUAAAAUGAUGAAAUGAAAUAAUCAUUUAAAUAAUAUUGUCAGAUAAUUAGAUCUAUUCAAGAAAAUAGAAAUUAAAAUUUUUUUGAUUUGUUUUCGGAUCCUCAAGGAUAAUUCUAUGGUUUAAGUAUUAUUUUUCUUAGAAAUCUGGCUUAUAAAUUUUGUCAAGAAAAUGAUGAGAUUCGAUCAUUAUUACAAGCAGAAGGACCUUUUUUGAAGGAAUUACUGUUAACAUGGAAUAAGGAAUGUUUGAGUAUGGAAGGUGUGAUAAAAUCGUUGAGUCAUAAGUUAAACAUGUAGAAAUUUUUUAAUUAUUAUUUAGUUAAACUACAUUAUUGAGAAUAAAUUCUUAGACUAAUAAUAUUUCACAAGAACAAUAUAAUUAAAUUCCUAAUCCUAAGCUUAUAAUUUAUUUAGUUUAGGGAUAAGGAUUCUAUUUCAUAGGUAUUCCUUAAAAUUAGUCUUGAUAAUUAUUUAUAAAUUAAUACAUAAUA